AUGUCAUUUGAUAUUAACGAAAUCAAACGAAUUACUAAAGAAGUUUUACACGAGACGAUCGGUGAGAAAGUUUUCCUAACAGAACAAGUCCGACAAUGGAACAUCGAUAUUCUAACUGAGAUUUUGCAUCGAUUGCAACAAGUUCAAGAGAAAUUUUCCGAUCAGCAAAUGAAAUUCAUUGUCACAGUUCUAAUCGGAGAGAAAAGUAAAGAGAAUAAUUUCGGUUUACACACAGCUCUGUCGUGCAUUUGGAAUGGAACGACUGAUGGAUGUGUAACCGUGAAGUGGGAAAACCAAAAUAUCUUUUCAGUCAUCAGCGUUUUCGGUUUGACCGUAUAA